GAUGAGUGGGAAGCCUUAUGGUAUUCGACGUCUCCAAAUUGAUUACCGAGUCAAUGACGGAAAGAAGGAAAGGGAGCGAAAACUGUGCCUUUCUUCUUUCUUUCCGCCACGAGAGAGAGAGAGAGAGAGAGAGAGAGAGAGGGGAAAGAAGCAGUAGAGAGGGGCUGGGGAGAAGCUGUAGUUGCAGCAGUAGCAGUUGUGGUAGCAGUGAGUGCGAGUCUGUCUGAUAUUUCUCGUGAUUUUCCUUUCUUUCAACCUUUUCUUUUCCUCUCUCUCUCUCUCUCUCUCUCUCUCUCUCCCCUCAUUCACUCCCUUCAACCUCUAGCCAAACUAAUCUUGUCUCUUCGUGCCCAAUUCUGCACCCAUUACCCCAAACCACCAAAAGUAAGCCCAGAAAGCGUCUCUGACGCCGAGUCUCUUUCCGUUCGAAUAAAAAGGGCGUCUUUUCUACUUUCUGUGUGUGGCUGGUUAUCGAUCAGUCUGUGUUUCUCGGGACCACUCUGAUCUUGUUUCAGAUUUAAAUGUUUCAACUUUGAAUUUCUGAAGAGACGUUAAGGAGCAAUUUGAAUUGCAAAUCGCUAUGAUUGAAGGAAGCUUCAGAAAAUAUGCGGCGUGUUUUCUACUCUCUGUGCUCGCCCAUAUUCGAAAUUCUUCUCUAGAAUUGGGUUAGAAUUACUUUCAAGGCUGCGUCUACCUUUUGUGGAAUUUUGGAUGAAUCAGGAAACAAUGGAUACCCUACCCAGUACUAGUGAAAUUGUUGAAUCAACGGAAGACUCUGAUUCUCAAUUGAAAGUGCACGAGCAAAAUGGAAAGCUCCACAGGUCAGACUCGGGAAAUAAUUAUUCUAUAGAGGAUGAUAUUAAUCGCCUUUUCCAGGCAAUUGACAUCAGAGCUAAAGCUAGAAGAUUGGGUCAGUCACCAGAAAUUGGUAGAGACCCUUUGCGAAAGAGCGCUCAGAAAAGGCCAAUGAGAAUUAGUUCAUUCCAUUCGUCGGGAAUUGGGAUCUCAGAGCCUGUGAGUUUGAAGCAAGCCCUGAGAGGACUAUGCAUCUCACAGGCCUCAGAGAUGGCUGCUAUGAAGCGAUUAUCUAAGCCAGGCAGGUUAUCAGGGGUCUCGGAAGCAGGGACUAUCAAAAGAUUGUAUAGGGCAGUGGUGGUUGAGGCAGAUGGAUCUGGUGUUCCAAUAAAAGGAGGUGAGGGGAAUUUGAUGGAAGUCUCUCUUGUACCAGAAGAAAGCACAUCAAAACUUUCUGCUUUGAUGCCUGAGUCUACACAAGUGUUUGAAGAAGAGUUAUCAAAAGCAAGGGUUCAUCCUUUUACUCCUUUGUCAGAUAAAAUAAUGCCAGAGGCAAUGAUGACCAAAUUAUCAUCACCAGGUCAGAUUGUUCCUUUGCAGACAGAGGUUGGGAAUGAAAUUUUAAAGACGGAAGUUCAAAAAUUGAGAGCUGCUGAUUUGUCAAUUACUCAUGCUAGCCAGAACAUUCAGGGGAUGGAUGCAGCUGCACCCACCUCGAUAGAAGUACCUAGCAAAACUCCAACGGUAGAUGGUGUGCAUAAAGGUAAGUUGCAUUCUCUGGCCUCCAUACCUAGCUGCAGCAGUGCUACUAGGAUAAGCAAAUGGACUAGUAAUGGUCCGCAUUUAAUGAAGCCAAUCUCUGGAAACAAGAACUUUGUUAACAAGAAAGUAGAACAGGAUUCAAAUUUUGCCUCAAGCAGCUGCAAUCCAUGUAGUGAAAAGGUUGAGGAUGAUUUGGUUCCUAGUAUAAGUAAUUUGGACCACCAGAGACAAACUUGUUCUAUGAAUCAUGAUAUGAAACGAAAUGAGAAAGCUUCUCCAGCAUCCAGCAGUAUGAAUCUCUGCAUUGAAGUCAAUUCAGGUACUUUGGAUGCAGGCUCAAGUAGACCUGGCUUUGGUUUGAAUUUUACUAACAGAAAUAAAUCUCCAGUGACAAAAGCUGAUGAGAGAUCAAGGUCUAGAGAAAAAGGGGACUUCUCCCAAAGCUCAAAAAGUAGUAUUGGUGAGUAUAGCAGUAGCACAACCUAUAGUGAGGACAGCAAUGCAUGUGGGUCUAGUCGUAGUGGCAAAAGGCCUCACAUGUCAAAAGACUUGAGAUGGGAAGCCAUCCACAGUGUUGAGAAACAGCAAGGAAGCUUGGGUUUGAGGCACUUUAAAUUGCUCAGGAAGCUUGGUUGUGGGGAUAUUGGAACUGUUUAUCUCGCUGAGCUAACUGGUACAAACUGCCUAUUUGCAUUGAAAGUGAUGGAUAAUGAAUUCCUGGUUAGCAGGAAAAAAAUGCCGAGGGCUCAAACUGAGAGAGAGAUACUACAAAUGCUGGAUCAUCCUUUUCUUCCGACACUGUAUGCCCAUUUUGCAACAGAUAAGCUGUCAUGCUUGGUUAUGGAGUAUUGUCCAGGUGGAGACUUACAUGUACUGCGACAGAAGCAACCAAGUAGAAGUUUCUCUGAACUAGCUGCCAGGUUUUAUGUUGCUGAAGUCCUUCUUGCACUCGAGUAUUUACACAUGCUAGGAGUUGUGUAUAGGGACUUGAAACCCGAAAAUAUUCUGGUCAGAGAAGAUGGUCACAUUAUGCUCUCAGAUUUUGACUUGUCACUCAGAUGUGCUGUCAAUCCAAUGGUGGUUAAAUCAUCUUCUCCUGUCAUGGAGCCCGCAAAAAAGAUGUCAAGUCCAUGCACCGAAUCCAGCUGCAUUGACCCAUUUUGCCUCCAACCAUCCUGGCAAGUCCCAUGCUUCACUCCUAGACUUAUAUCUGCUGCUGCAAAAGCUCGGAAGAUAAAAGCUGAUCUAGCUGCCCAGGUCAGUCCGCUGCCUCAACUUGUUGUGGAGCCAACGAGUGCCCGAUCGAACUCCUUUGUAGGAACCCAUGAGUACCUUGCUCCCGAGAUCAUCAAAGCUGAGGGUCAUGGGAGUGCAGUGGAUUGGUGGACGUUUGGAAUUUUUCUGUUCGAGAUGUUAUAUGGCAAGACACCCUUCAAGGGUUCAGGAAACGAGGAAACAUUGUCUAAUGUAGUGUCACGGAGCCUCAAGUUCCCCAAUAGCCCUGUUGUUAGCUUUCAUGCAAGAGAUCUGAUCAGAGGCUUAUUAAUCAAGGACCCUGAAAACAGGUUGGGAUCUGUGAAAGGAGCCGCAGAGAUCAAGCAGCACGCUUUCUUCGAAGGCCUUAAUUGGGCUCUGAUACGUUGUGCAGUACCACCAGAGCUGCCGAAGUCAUCUGAUAUGGAAUUUGCUGCAUCAGCUGCACGAAGAAAGGAAAGCUCCAGGUGUAAUGGGCUCGAGGCUGCUGGAGAGAAUGUGGAGUUUGAGCUAUUCUAGUUAGAACAUGUUUUUUUUAGCCUUUUCAUACCGGUUUCAACUGAUAACAUAGCUUAUAAUGUAAAUAAUCUAUAGAAGUGAGGGCAAAUCAUAGAUUUUUAUACUUCCAUACUGAGUCAGUAGCUAAUAGUCCAAACGGGAAUGUAGGUGAGCAUUUUUAUUAUUUGUGUGCUCACUCUAGCCUUGUUCACGAGCUUUUCUUUUGACAGAAUUAACCUUGUUCAUAAAUGCGCUACUUGCAUUUGAAUCCCAGGUUUUAUAUGCCGGUUAAGCAGUUGUGAAGGCUUAGAAAUAUUUCUUUCAUACACCAGUGCUUUGAUCAACCAAGCUAGCAGUGUAAACAACUCUGAUUGCUUAA